AUGAGACCCUUCUCAGCCAUUUAUGUCCGCAUCUAUCCUAAGAGUUGGUACAGCUGGAUUUCCAUGAGAGCCGAGUUUUAUGGCUGUUCAGCAUCUUUGUGCAACCGUGCCUUGGGAAUGCAAAAUGGUCGUAUUCGAAACAACCAAAUCACUUCAUCUUCAGAGGUUAACCGUUUCCAUACUGCCUGGCUUGGUAGACUAGGGCGAGUGAAGACUGGCCGUUAUAUUGGGGCCUGGUGCCCAAAACACAGGAAUCAUCUUCAGUGGUUGAAAGUGGACUUUGGUCGACUGAUGAAAAUAACCAAAAUUGCCACACAAGGAAGACAGGAUGCUGGUCACUGGAUGACGUCAUACUAUGUGUCAUCUAGCAUAGACAACGUUCGUUGGGCAAUGUAUCGCUUCAGAAGCUCUAACAAGCUGUUCCAAGCCAAUCGUGACCAAAACACUAUCGUGAUGAAUGCAAUCAAUCCUUCCAUAAGAUGUCGAUUUUUACGUCUAAAUCCUCGUGGAUGGCACGGUUGGCCAUGUUUGAGGGCCGAAUUUUAUGGAUGCCCAGUUGAUCGCUGUGAUGUUCCUCUUGGUAUCCAGGACGGUCGCAUCACACGCGCUAUGUUCACAGCCUCCUCCAUGUACAACCACUACUACGGUCCUUGGAGCGCAAGACUGCAGGCUCAGAAUCAUGGCUCCUUCCGAGGAGGCUGGGUCGCUAAGUACCGUAACACUCACCAGUGGCUGCAGAUUGACUUAGGAACAGUGUCCAUUGUGAAACGCAUCGCGACUCAGGCUCGAUAUGAUGCAAACCAGUGGGUUACAUCAUACACUGUAUCCUAUAGUAACAAUGGAGUCAGAUUUUUCCCAUACAAGCAGGCAAGAAGAACAAGGCUCUUCCAAGCAAACACUGAACGAUACUUUGUUGUGGUGCACAAGCUCCGCCCAGCCAUAAGGGCCCGUUAUAUCCGAAUUCAGCCAAGGUCCUGGUAUGGAUACAUUGCCAUGAGGGUGGAGUUGUACGGAUGCCGUCUGGGUCACUUGUGCAAUCGGCCAAUGGGGUUACAGAACAACAGAUUGAAAAAUCAUCUCAUGACGUCAUCAUCUCGAUGGGACAACUUCCAUGGUCCUUAUCGAGCGCGGCUUAAUAUCCGUCGCCAUGGCAGAUGGAUCGGAGCCUGGUCUGCACAGUACAAUAACCGUUAUCAGUGGAUUCAAUGUGACUUCACUGGACCUGCAAAAAUUAUAAGGAUUUCCACCCAAGGGCGACAGGACACUAAUCAGUGGGUCACGCAGUAUUACGUGACACGUAGCUUGGAUGCGGUGAAUUUUAGGCCUUAUCAAGAGAGAAAUUCUAUAAAGAUUUCAGGCCGAAUCAGAGUUCUUAGGUCUGUUUUCUUCUCGUUUGAGGAAGGGAGAAGAAAAUUGUCGGAGCAGUUUAAACGCUGUUAG